UACAUCAAAGUGAGCACACGCUCUUGAAGAGUCUGCCCUGUCAGCUAUGACUGAAGAGCACAUAAUGCAAACACACAGUAGUCAGACAUAAUCUCCUGAGACCGGUAGCUUUGUCUUUAUUAAAGAGCUGUUAUGAGUUGCUCUGUCAGAGUGAAUUAAAAGUGCAUAAAUACUGAUGGUGCCUCUUAUCAAAACUUGGGCAUUGACAAAUUUAUAAGCCGUCCCUGCUGUGGAAUUUCCGUGUUACUUAAUAUCAAACUGGCUGCAGCCACCUUCUUUUAAGUGGGAUUUUCUUGCUUUUCAUGACAUAAACAUUGUGUUUUGAGUUUUAUGAGAAAAGUAGCAACAGUCACUUUGGGUUGUGGUGAAGCCUGAUAAGUGUUAACAGCCGGCUCUCUUUCUUUCCAGGUGUUUUUCUCAGCAUACAUCUUCAAUAGUAAUGUGAUGGUCAAAGUAGCCACUCAGCCUGCUGAAAAUCCCAUAGAUGUUCUGUCCAGGAAGCUCCAUUUGGGGCCGGGGAUGGGCCGUGACGUACCCCGCCUCUCCUUGCCCGGCAAACUCGUCUUUCCCAGUUCCACAGGAAGUCACUUCUCGAUGCUGGGAAUAGGAGACAUCGUGAUGCCAGGGCUGCUGUUAUGCUUUGUCCUGCGUUAUGAUAACUACAAGAAGCAAGCGACCGGGGAAGUCCCAGGGCCCGGUAACAUGUCUGGACGCAUGCAGCGCGUCUCCUAUUUCCACUGCACUCUCAUCGGAUACUUUGUAGGACUGCUGACUGCCACCGUGGCCUCCAGGAUCCAUCGUGCUGCACAGCCCGCUCUGCUCUACCUGGUGCCCUUCACCCUGCUGCCUCUGCUCACCAUGGCCUACCUGAAGGGGGAUUUGCGGCGCAUGUGGUCUGAGCCUUUCCACACUAAGUCUAGCAGCUCUCGCUUCCUAGAGGUAUGAUACAACUUGGGUACAAGCGACCAGCACGGAGAAG